UUGCCAGUGUUCCUCUUCCCAUAUAUCAUUAUUCUCUCUUUGAUUUCGUUGUUGAAAUAAUUUAUGUGAUUUUUUUAUUAGCAGAGCAUUAAUGGAGAUUAGGGUUUCACCAAAUCCAUCAAACCCAUUUAUUUAAAUCCCUUCAUCUCAACAAUUUCUGAAAAUACAAAAAAAAAAAAUCCGAAUUUCGACGAACCCACGUGAAAUUUCUGGGAUUUUGUUGCCGGGUUUUGGAAAAGCUUCGAUCUUGGCAAUGCCGCACGUCGAUAUAGAACAGGGGACGUAUCACGAGAGUGACGUCAGCAUAUGCUUCUACGACGGCGAGGAUGACGUGGGCUCGUGUUACUCCUACUUCUGCUCGAACGCCGGAGGAUCCAACGACUGUAAUGAAUCGAGGAGAGUGUCGUCGGAGAAUUCGCCGGCGGCGGGUGUGAGAGAUUGUCGGAUCUGUCAGUUGGGAGUGGAGAGAGAAAGUGGCGGCGGAGAGAUUGAGUUGGGGUGUUGUUGUAAGGAUGAUUUGGCCAUUGCUCAUAGACAAUGUGCUGAGACUUGGUUCAAGAUCAAAGGUGACAAGAUUUGUGAGAUAUGCCGCUCUGUGGCGCGGAACGUGGCCGGAGCAAAUGAGACAACGGAGGAGCAGACUGAGGCGGGAAGCAGCGGAGCCACGGAGGCGACAGUGGCCGGAGGAGGGAAUCAGUCGCCGGAGAACCUAAGCGUACGGAAAGGCCAACGCCUCCUUAAUUUCCUCUUGGGGUGUAUGGUCUUUGCGUUCUUCAUUUCAUGGCUCUUCCAUUUCAAUGUAUGAACGAACAUACACAUUUGCGUGUAUAUAUAUAUACACACACACACAAACACAUACGAUACAUACACAUACGUUAUAUCUAUAAAUAUUGUACCUUCCCGAGGGUGCAGA